GCCCUUGCUUUUUUCCUUCCCGUUCGAUCACCUUUCCUCCUUGAAUCUUGAAGUUACAAAAGCGAAUUCCACAUCCAAAGCACAAUAUGAAAGGAACAAAAACAUACUACAAUUCUUCAAUUUCCCCCUUCAAAACCCCACUAAUUCAAAGAAAUCCUCCCCACUGCUUCUUCCUCAAAAUCCAAAGGCUUCAAAUAGUGAUGAAAUCAUCUUUAAACCCCACAACACCAUCCUUAAUUUUCUCUAGUCUAGCUUCCCUGCCUCAUUUCAUGUCCACCUUCUUAUCUAAUGCCAUUAAUCCACCUCUCCACCCUUCCGUCGAUCCAGACCAUGUUUUUACCGGAAACCUAGCUCCGGUGGAUGAGAUGAGUCCAACAGAAUGCCAAGUCAUCAAGGGUGAACUUCCACCAUCCCUAUCCGGUGUCUACAUCCGAAACGGUCCAAAUCCACAACACAAACCACCCCAUGCUCUACAUUUUUACGAAGCUGACGGCAUGCUUCACUCUCUCCGGUUAUCCGGCGGCCACGCGACAUACUGCAGCCGUUUCGUUGAAACCUACAAGUACAUGAUCGAGCACAACGCCAAUUCCGCCAUCUUCCCCAAUGUGUUAUCGGGGUUUCACGGUUUCUUUGAUGUUCUUCACUCUUUGAUGACCGUAGCGAGAAUUAUAGUAGGGCAAAUAGACCUCAUGGAAGGAUUUGGUGUGGCCAACACGAGUCUUGCAUGCAUUGCAGAGAAACUUCUAGCUCUUAACGAGUCCGAUCUUCCAUACAUCAUUAAGUCCACUACGGAGGGCGAUAUCGAGACGUUAGGUCGGUGGGACUUUGAUCAGAAAUUACUAGCAAGCAUGACAGCACAUCCAAAAUUCGAUAUGGACACCAAGGAGACGUUUGCAUUCCGGCCUAGCCUGAUCUUCCCUUAUCUCAUCUUCUUUCGAUUUGAUAGAAACGGUAUUAAGCAAAGGGAAGUGCCGAUUCUUUCAGUAAAGAAUUCGAUUUUCAUUCAUGAUCUUGGUAUAACCAAGAGAUUUGCAGUCUUCGAAGAGACCCAAUUGGAGCUUUCUCUAAAGAAAGUGCUCAUGGGAAGAGGAACUCUAGUGGAAUAUAAACCGAACAAGACUCCGAGAAUCGGGAUCAUUCCGAAGUAUGCUACAAGUGAUUCGGAGAUGAAAUGGUUUGAAGUUCCUAGGUUUAAUGCACUUCAUAUCCUCAACUCUUGGGAAGCUGGAGAGGACGAGAUUGUUCUUGUUGGAUCCAAUGUCAUGUGUUUAAAAAAUAUCUACCAAAAAGUAAUCAGGUUUUCAUUGGAGAAGGUGAAGAUUAAUACGUCAACAGGGGAAGUUUCAAGAAGUGUACUUUCUCCCAGAAAUUUAGAACUCGGAACUAUAAAUCCAUCCUUUGUGGGAAGGAAAACCAAGUAUGCUUAUCUAGGAGUGUUGGAAGAAAUCCCGAAGUUGUCGGGUGUGGUGAAACUUGACUUGGAAACAGGAGUUGAAGUUGGGAGGAGGUUUUUUGGACAGGGUUGCUAUGGAGGGGAGCCAUUGUUUGUCAGAAAACAAACAUCGGAACAGAUUGAGGAAUCUGAGGAGGAGGAUGGGUACUUGAUGACUUUUGUGCAUGAUGAAAAAAUUGAUGAGUCAAGAUUUGUGCUUAUGGGCGCUAAAUCACCAGAACUUUCAGUUCUAGCAGAAGUGAGGUUACCUAGAAGGGUACCUUAUGGAUUUCAUGGGAUGGGGAAACAGGAUAAGAAGAAAGUCUGUAUACCAAACACUUAUCAAGGUAAUGUGAAAUGUUGCAAUCUACCACAGGUUGGAAAGGAACAGGAGAAUCUACUAACAUAUCUACCACAGAGAUAUCAAGGCCAGCAUCAAGGAGGCCCAUUCCCACGUCUCAACUCAGGUAGCCGGAACAAUGGUUACAUGCCACCAGAGUACCGGGAAGGGAACCCGGUAGCCACGGUGAAUUGGUGAUGACAGAUGUGUACAGUUUCGGGAUUUCAAUGAUCGAAAUUGCCACGCAAAGGCGGUCCAACUGGCCCGUGACAUUCGACGGGGUCGGGGUAGGGUUGGGUGAGUGGGCUAGAGAUGGCGGAGCAAAAUCGGGAAAUGGAAAUGUUGGGUUAGGAGUAGAUGUUUCCAAUGAAAGAUUAGUGUUAGA